UACAGACAUCGCCAGGGUGGGAAAUUGACAGCAGGAGAUGAUGACGUCUUCGCUCGCUGGAUCAAUGCUGAGACAAAAACCCUCUUCACUGGACGAAAACUUAAGCCAUCAAGGCUGCACCGGAAUGCCGACGGCUGAAAAGGAACUUUAUUCAAGUGUAAAUAACUUCGAAGCCGAGUGGAUUUAAUCUGCCGAGACUCAAAGGAUCGUUCUGAAACAAGUAUGGAUUUAUCUAACAAAGUUACAUUAUAGUGUGUGCAAGUUAGCUAGCUAACAGUUAGUUGGCUAGGCGGCUAGCUUUUUGGCCAGAUAGCCUAGAACUACCACACGGAUUUUUUGCGGAACAGUUUUGACUAAACUGUUAUCCAUUGGAGAACAAAGUAAGCGGUGGAGAGACACUGGCGUGUUUUAGUCCGUGAAAAGUGGUAACCAGUUAGCUAUUAACAACUUCCCGUUUUUUGGAAAUAUAGUCUACCGGUUGCGCGAUAUCUAAGUUUUUAACGAUAACGUUACUGAUGUGCCUAAGACAGAACCAAGUUGCUGGUGCUGGAUGACUGGAUGAAUGAGGAUUCACCGGUGAAAGAAGAAGAGGAUAGCGUAACUCGUGGAAGGGGAAGUCGAAACCACCUAAAAGCGGAAAGAGGCUCUUUUCGAAACCUCCCCGCUAUCAUCACACAACCGGUUGGGAGUCUUCACUCUGGACAGACCUCAGAGGGGACGGACUUCCAGCCCUCCGCUCUGAUCCAGGACUUCCACAGACGGGGGCAGUGGUCAGGAUGUUUCCCCCAGGGAUGGUUGCGCUUUGAGGCACAAAGUGCUUUAGUGGGCCCCUUGCCAUGCUGGCCCUGGGGAUGGAGCAUGGACAUGGAGGUAGGAGAGGGCUGGGAGGAGAGAGCAGGGGCACCACUGCUGGUAAGGGGGCUGCCACUGCUGGGUCGCCUUGGCAACCCGCGGCAUCGGGGCGGCCUCUUCCACGGGGAGCAGCCCUCAACAUCCGGCAGAAGAUCUCGCAGUGGGAGGGGCUCAGUCAGUCAGAGGAGAGCCCAUCGGUCGGGGUGAAAGGUCAGGGAGCAGGAGCAGGAGGAGCAGUGUUUAGGCGGGGGCUGUCCGGUGAAACUCUGGGAAAUGGGUUUAACAGCAACAACCACCAGGUUGGCGAGCCAUCCCGUGGCAAAGACAGCCUGGCCAAAGCCAAGAGCCUGGGCUUAGACUUCAGGGAAGACGCCACGCCUGUCUGUGGCUCUGCAGUCGGACGCAAGAUUGAGACCCAGCUCAUCCGCAGCCCUGACCGCCGCAGCCCUGACCGCUGUAGCCCUGACCGCAGCCAUGCGUGUCUGAGCAAAACGACCAGCUGCACUCCUGCACUUACACCCACACCAGCCCUUGCACUCAAGGCUCCCUCAGUCAAGCCUCCUAUCGCCGAAGCCUCAUCAACCAACGGGGGGAAGAAACCGUGGACGGCCACCCCAGACCGCGACCUCUCACCUCUACCUCCGCUGGCGGACACCCCUGAGGACAGCCUGCCACCUGGAAACUUCUACACCUCGAGGGGCUUCUGGAAGCAACUGGAGGCCAGCGACUCGCUGUGGGAUAGACCGAGAGAUGGCCCAGCCGCUGGCACGGCUGGCCUCUCAAGGAACUUCCCAUUUGCCGACGACAGCCCGGCUCCACCCAAACCGCAGCGCACGUUCCAGUACAGGGGUACUAGCCGCACCCCGGGGAACUGGGGCCCAUGGGAGAACCAGGCCAUGUCUCCCACAAGAACUAGAACUAGAACCAAACCCUCAGGGCCCCCUUCCUGCCCACCUCCUCCAUGUCCUGUUAGCCAAGGCAACGGCUUUUCAAGACACAGGAAAAACAGGAAGUCGUUUGAGUUUGAGGAUGUGGCGCGACUGGCAGCCCAGCAGGGACUGGUGGGGAAUGGCUCCCGGCGCUCAGGCCUGUACCACGCUCGGUCUGAGGACAGCAUCUACGAGGACAUCAUCUCGGAUGUGUCCAGGGAGAAUCCUUACGAGGACGUCAAGUUGUCUCCCAUGUGUCUUCCCAUCGGUCGCCCUCGGCCCUGGACCAUGGCCCAGAGACAGAGGCUCCCACAAACUCCAAAGCUGCCCCCCAAGCCGCUCACGCUGCGAGUGUUUGCUGAGAAGACUGAGAAGGGGCUGUCCAGAGGCCCCCCCACCACCGCGACCCCCCACCCUGCUGGACCCAAGCGAAGCGCCGGGAGUCGCGUGUGCAGGCUGCCUCAGUAUGUGCUGAAAGUCCAUGAAAUCUUCCAGACCAAGAGAGGCUGGAAGAGAGUGAAGAGCCAAGGAGGCACAGCCAGAGAUGAGGCUAGUGGAACGGAGAGUGACCCAGAGGACAGCAGUAAAGAUGGCUCAAGACUGGUUUAUGUCCAGUCCACGCUGAGGCGAAAGCCGGGCUAUCGCACCUUGGAGAAGGACCUCAUUCAGCUACAGCAGCAGCAGCUCUUUCAGCUGUUUGUGGUGGUGUCACUGAGAAAAGGUUCCCCCGGAAACACGUACACCCCAGUGAUCACUCAGCAGUUCCCUACCAAGUUUGAAAAGUCAUCCCGAUUGUCCCGGGAAGCAGAGGACCGCUUGAAGGUCAUCCCCCUGUUCUGCUUUCCGGACUCCCAAGACUGGAAACCAUCAGCCGACAUGAGCAAUGACACCUUCUCUUUUGUUCUCACGGGAGAAGAUGGUAGUCGCUGGUUCGGGUACUGUCGCAAGAUCCUGCCCAUUGGGAAGGGAAAGAGGCUGCCUGAGGUCCACUGUAUGGUCAGCAGACUUGGCUGCUUCAACCUCUUUGCCAAGAUCCUGGUAGAGGUGGAGAGGAGGAGGGAGAUCUCUCCCGCCCUGGUCAACCCUUUCAUGCGCAGCGUCAUGGAGGCUCCCUUUCCCGCCCCGGGCCGGACCAUCACGGUCAAGAGCUUUCUGCCCGGCUCAGGGAACGAGGUGUUGACCCUGUUUCGGCCGGUGGACUCGCGGCUGGAGCACGUGGACUUCGACAGUCUGCUGGAGUGCCUGAGCGUGGGCCACCUGCUCCAGGUGUUCGCCUCGCUCUUGCUGGAGAGACGAGUCAUCUUCAUUGCCGACAAACUCGGCACGCUGUCUCGCUGUGCCCACUCGGCGUUGGCGCUGCUCUACCCGUUCACCUGGCAGCACACCUUUGUGCCCGUACUGCCCGCCAGCAUGCUGGACAUCAGCUGCUCUCCCACGCCCUUCCUCAUGGGGGCGCUCUCCCCGUCCCUGCCCCAGGUGCUGGAGCUGCCCAUUGAGGAGGUGCUCAUUGUGGAUUUAUGCACCGACAAGUUCGUUCGUCAGCUGGGUGAUGAGGACUGCAUCUUACCCAGCAAGCUCCAGGCGGCUCUCCAUGAAAUCCUGGAGAACCGAGAACAGAUCCUGACUCAGGAUGACACAGACCGGAACAGUGGGGAGGAGUGUGACCUGAGUGCCCUCAUCUCAGAGGCGUUUGUGCGCUUCUUCGUGGAGCUGGUCGGCCACUACCCCCUGCACAUGGGCGAGGGAGGGCCAGGGGGCGCCAGAGAGCUGCAGAGGGACAGCUUCCGAAAGUCGCACCCAUCCCGCGGAGUCAGGCAGUUCCUGCAGCUCUUCAUGGACACACAGAUGUUUGCCGGCUUCAUCCAGGACCGAGAGCUACGCAAAGGUGGAGUCAAAGGGCUGUUUGAAGUUAGAGCAGCCGAAUACUUGGACUCCCAGCCUGAGCCAGAACCCAGUGGGGUCAACAAAUUCCUCAAGGGCCUUGGCAGCAAAAUGAAAUUUCUCCAGAAGAAGUGAGGACCAACCAGCAGGAGGUGUCAUGGCUGUUUCCAUGACAACAGACAAGAGUUCCAUAGAAAUUUCUUUGAAUGAAUAAAAUAUUGCCUGAAACUGGAAGAUGGCACACUUUGGCAUGACUACGUUGGGCAGAAGGCUACUCUAGAGUCCUGUAAGAAAAGAAGAGCACAAGAGUGGGAACAGAUCAGGGCUCAACAAUUCCCAGGUUCCUAUGGAAGAGAGAGUGAGGGAGAUAAUACAUUAACUCCAUGUAGGAGUCUCUGUGCAAUUGGAAUAAAACUGGAAGUGGAUUUUAUUUUUAAACGGUGAGCAGUGGUGUGGCUGUAUGUAAUUGCAAGGGUGGAAGCUACCGCUAAGACCAUGGUUUAAUUAAAGAACUAUUUAUACCUGUUUCACUAACCUGCUCUGUUCAUCUCUGUACAUAAAUUUCUAUUUUGUAACUUUUAAAAAUGUUUUAUAUAUAAUAAUGUAAAGGACUGGAAAUAGGUGGACAUGGUUCGUGUUUCAAAAUAAACCAAUUUGAGAAGGUUUAAAAAAAAAAAAAAAAAAUCUGUUUCCUUUCAAGGUAUUUAUUUAUAAUGGCUGACCUCAAUUGAAUUUGCAAGUAUGUAGUUGGGUACAUGCCAUUUGCCAUCAAGACAUGUAAUUAAACCCAAGUGUUUUGUCUAACAACAUUUCAAUGCAAAAUUUGUACAGUUUUUAAGAAGUACCGUGUUGCCAUUACCAUUUGCUUGUAAAUCUUUCCAAAUAAAUCCGCUAAUGCA